AGCUAGCUAGAGCUUAUCCUCUGUCUCAUCGCUCUCUUGCUGUAAACUCCUCCGCUCUCUCGCCGAUCAAACUUUGAUUAACGAAAGAGCAACUUCUUGUCCGAUCCAAGCUUUUGUUAUAGAGCAAUGGAAGUGAAGGUGCUGAGCUCCAAGCUCGUGAAGCCUGCAUUCAAUGCCGGCGCCGCACCAGCCACCGAGUACAUCCCUCUGUCCAUCUUCGACAGGGUGACGUUCCGGAUGCAGAUGGCCAUCAUUUACGCCUUUGCCUCGCCGGCGCCCUCCACGGCCGCCAUCGAGAAGGGACUGGCAGCGGUCCUCUCUCAGUACCGCGCCUUUGCCGGGCAGCUCGGCGUAAACCCCGACGACGGCACGCCGUCCUUCAUCCUCAACGACCGCGGCGCGCGUCUAGUGGAGGCGUCCGUGGACGCUGACAUGGUGGACAUGGCGCCGGCCAAGCCCACGCCGGACCUGCUGAAGCUGCACCCGGACCUGGAGGGGGAGCUCGAGGAAGUGGUGUUGCUGCAGCUCACCCGGUUCAGGUGCGGCUCCCUCGCCGUCGGGUUCACGUCCAACCACGUCGUCGCCGACGGUCACGCCACCAGCAACUUCCUCGUCGCGUGGGGACGCGCCACGAGGGGGCUCCCCAUUGGUCCGCCGCCUGUGCACCACCACAAGGAUCUCUUCAAGCCCCGGUCGUCGCCUCGCGUGGAGCACGACCACCGCAACAGGGAGUACUACCAGCCGUCUCCCAACACCAUCGUCGAACACCACGACGACGGCAUCGACAACAUCGUCAUCCACAAGGCCCAUUUCACCAAGGACUUCAUUGCCGGGCUCCGUGCCAGCGCGUCGGAGGGGCGCGGCCGGCCAUUCAGCCGGUUCGAGACCAUCCUCGCCCACCUCUGGCGCACCAUGACGCGCGCGCGCGACCUGAGCCCCGAAGAAACCUCCAAGAUUAGGCUCUCCGUGGACGGGCGCCACCGUCUCGGCAAGCCGGCGGAGUACUUCGGCAACAUGGUGCUCUGGGCGUUCCCCCGCGCCACGGUGGGUGACCUCCUGAACCGGCCGCUGAAGCACGCCGCGCAGGUGAUCCACGACGAGGUGGCCAGGGUGGACGGCGCCUACUUCCAGUCCUUCGUCGACUUCGCGACCUCCGGCGCCGCCGAGAAGGAAGGGCUCGCGGCGAGCGCCGUUUGCAAAGACGCCAUGUGCCCGGACGUGGAGGUGGACAGCUGGCUGACGUUCCCGUUCUACGAGCUGGACUUUGGCACGGGCAGCCCGAGCUACUUCAUGCCGUCCUACUUCCCCACGGAGGGGAUGCUCUUCCUCACGCCAUCGUACAUCGGCGACGGCAGCGUGGAUGCCUUCGUACCCUUGUUCGAGCACAAUCUCCAGGCGUUCAAGGAAUGCUGCUACUCAUCAGCGGAGUAGUUGACCAAACCAUCGAACUGCAUGCGACGCCGGCGCAGUUGUUGGAUGUCGGGGUCAGUUUAG